UGGAAAUCUCUCUCUCUCUCUCAAAGGUUUUCUACGUAUUGGGAAAGGCUCCAGUCCUUGAAGAAAGGGAGGCAGCUUUCUAAACUGAGGAAAAUCCACCAAAAGGGUUUUCUUUUUCACUAGGUGGCCUGCGAUUUCUAGUGACAACUUCUGACCGUUUCCUCUUGUUGUUUCCGUUUAGUGCCACUAAACAAUAACGGCAGCACUUCGAAUCUCUACUUCUCCAUCUAUUUACAGAGCAAGGCCAAGGAGAGACCAGAAUGGCUCUUGACGCGGUUGGCUUCCCCCACGACAUUUUCAACUCUGCGUGCAAGGAUUCGCAUCCAUUUACCGCAUGUUUUAGCACCGCCUUCAGUGGGGUCGAUGAUGAGGUCUCUGACUUCCUCUAUCCCAUUGGGAAAGAAGAAGCGGUCGCAGCAAUGGACGUCCAUAGUGGUCAUCAGUUGGACGCCUCCCUACAUUCCACUGUUCACUGCAGCGCGACUUCUCUCUCAGAGAAUCGUGUUAGGCCCGUUGGCUAUGCUUCCAAGGCAGCAGUGGAGGCCGCUGAAAAUGCGAGGGGAAAGAAAAGGAGAAGGUCCAGGGGUUGCAAGAACAUGGAGGAAGUUGAGAACCAGAGAAUGACUCACAUUGCCGUGGAACGAAAUCGUCGCAAGCAGAUGAACGAGUACCUUGCCGUCCUGCGGUCUUUGAUGCCUCCAUCCUACUCUCAAAGGGGUGACCAAGCAUCGAUAGUUGGUGGAGCAAUAAAUUUCGUCAAGGAAUUGGAGCAUCUCGUGCAAUCUUUGGAAGCUCAGAAAAGGAUGAAGCAGAAGGAGAGGGGCGGGACUCCUCCCUCAUUGGCAGAUCUGCCCACCUUCCAAAAGUACAGCUGCACUUUGCUCGGCCCAAGCCGGUGCAGCGUGACAAGCGAGCCUGUGGCCGAGAACAGGUCGGGCAUCGCAGACGUGGAGGUCGCUCUCGUGGAGAGCCAUGCCAGCCUCAAGAUACUGUCCAGAAGUCGACCAAGGCAGCUCCUCAAGUUGGUCGCUGGUUUCCAAAGCCUACGACUCGCCGUCCUCCAUCUCAACGUCACCAGCAUCGAGGAGAUGGUCCUCUACUCUGUCAGUGCCAAAGUCGAAGAGGAUUGCCAGUUAGCAUCAGUAGGUGAAAUAGCGACGGCAGUGCACCAGAUAAUGGGGAGGAUUCAUGCGGAAGAUGGUCUAGGCUUAAAUUGAUCAAACGAGACUUGGUAAUCAGUUUUUCAUUCUUCAGUAACUUUAUCGGUCAGGAUUCAGCAUGUUUCUGUAGCUUUGAGGCUAAAUCUACUCCAACACAAAUAAUAAACAGUGUCAGCGGAUUUUUCUUGUAAAUGCCAUGUCUUUUCCUUUUCUUCUUCAGUUGAUGAAAGACCAUAUCAAA